AGCUCCCUGUACAACGAGAUGCACAGUUCGGAAGGGGCCAAGCGCCAGCAGCAGCGGUUCUGCGGACCAUCGGUCGCGCUUACAUUCAAUUUCGCCGUCGCUGUCGGGAUCAUCGUGGCGAACAAAAUGGUGAUGGGGAGUGUUGGAUUCAAGUUCCCGAUUGCGCUGUCACUGAUUCACUACGCAGUUGCGUUUGUUCUGAUGGCGAUCCUCAAGGCGCUGUCACUGCUACCGGUUGCCCCUCCUUCGAAAUCCACACCUUUCUCCUCUCUGUUUGCUCUGGGUGCUGUGAUGUCUCUCUCCACGGGGCUUGCUAAUGUGAGCUUGAAACAUAAUAGUGUAGGUUUCUACCAAAUGGCUAAGAUUGCUGUGACUCCCACAAUUGUUGCGGCAGAGUUUAUGCUUUUCCAGAAGAAGGUUUCCUUUCAGAAGGUUAUCACACUGGCAACUGUGUCAUUUGGAGUGGCUGUGGCCACUGUUACAGAUCUAGAGUUCAACUUCUUUGGUGCCUGUGUAGCAUUGGCCUGGAUUGUCCCUAGUGCAGUAAACAAAAUCCUGUGGUCAAAUUUGCAACAGACUGGAAACUGGACUGCUCUUGCGCUAAUGUGGAAGACAACCCCUGUUACCAUAUUUUUCUUGCUGGCAUUGAUGCCUCUGCUGGAUCCACCGGGCUUGCUGUUGUUCAAUUGGAAUUUCAGAAAUAGCUGUGCUAUUAUCAUUUCUGCUCUGUUUGGUUUCCUUCUUCAAUGGUCUGGCGCCUUGGCACUCGGCGCGACCUCGGCCCUGUCACACGUCGUGCUUGGCCAAUUCAAGACCAUCGUCAUAAUGCUCUCCGGCUACCUCAUCUUCAGCUCAGAUCCUGGGAUCACCAGCAUCUGCGGCGCCGUCGUGGCCCUCGGCGGCAUGUCCUUCUACACCUACCUGGGCUUGAAGGAGUCCGUGGCUCCCACCGGCAAGAAGCCGCCGUCGAGAUCGAACUCGUUUCUCGGCAAGCCUGGAGUUGUUGGAGACGGGGGUAGCUCGGACUACGAGGACUCCGUGUGAGAUGAGAAGGUGGCCAUGCGUCCCGAUUCGCUUCAUGAUGGUCGACAGAGAUGGAUCGGAGCCGGUGCCCGGUGGAUGCUUGUGUAACUGAGUGGUAGGUUGUGUUGUUGUGAGCUAGUUUCGCUUUGGGUAAUUUUGGUCGGUAAUGCAAACUCGUG